AACAGAGGAAGUUUAGUGGUUUCUUGCGUCAUCAUUUUAUGCUGCCUCUUGUGCCGAUGCAGAGUGAAGAGAGGACGACAAAUGAAAGUAUGUCCUAACACAUCAGCUCCAACGCGACGCAGCCGACAGAGGAAGCGGCCGACAACAUGCACUGAAGUGAAGGAAGCAGCAGCAGCUCGGUCGGAUCUCUGAGAUGUGCACCACCUCCACUCUGUCUCUGCCACAUUAAGCUGAGUUGGUGGAGUCCACGCAGAAAGUGACGGUGUGACGGUGACAGGCUGAGCAGCUCGGGUGGGUCUGAAUGUGAGGGGAACACCGCAGACAGGAAGAGAUGCGGAGAGUUCGGAGAAGAGGAGGCAACAAAGAGAAGGUGUUUGGAUGUGAUCUGCUCGAGCACCUGAACGCCUCAUGUCAAGAGAUUCCUCAGGUCUUACGAUGCUGCAGCGAGUUCGUCGAGCAUCAUGGCAUCGUGGAUGGAAUCUACAGGUUGUCUGGGGUGUCGUCCAACAUCCAGAAACUCAGGGGGGAGUUUGAGAGUGACGGGAAUCCAGACCUGAACAAGGAUGUGUAUCUGCAGGACAUCCACUGCAUCAGCUCUCUGUGCAAAGCUUAUUUCAGAGAGCUGCCGAACCCUCUGCUCACGUACCAGCUGUACGACAAGUUUGCUGAGGCUGUUGCCAUCCAGCUGGAGGAGGAGAGGCUGGUGAAGAUCAGAGAUGUGCUGAAAGAACUACCGUCACCACAUUACAGGACUCUGGAGUUCCUGAUGCGUCACCUCGUCAAAAUGGCUUCUUAUUCCUCAGAGACCAACAUGCACUCCAGGAACCUCGCCAUCGUCUGGGCCCCCAAUCUGCUCAGGUCAAAGGACAUUGAGGCGACCGGGUUUAACGGCACGGCAGCCUUCAUGGAGGUCAGGGUUCAGUCCAUCGUCGUGGAGUUCAUCCUCACACACGUCCCUCAGCUGUUUCCUGACCAAGGUGGAUCGGAUGAGAGAAGAAAGUCCCUCCCCUCUCCAUCAACAGCGAUGGAUGACCCGUUACCCAAGUCUGUUCCCUCUCGGCCUCUCGCCAGCUUUGGGAACAUCAGUCCAGGGGACGGCCCACUACCCAUCAGACCCUACCAUGCAAUCAUAGAGGGCACAGACAAGAGGAAAGGAUCUCUGAAGGGCAGGAAGUGGAUGUCCAUAUUCAACAUCGGAGGACGAUUCCAGGACACACGGAGACGACACAAACACUCAAGUAAAGAGAAAGACAGAUCUGCUCUGAGACCAGCACGAAGCAUGGACUCCCUCAGUAUCCAGUCAUACGCAAAUGAAGGUUCCAAACAUCCUCCCCAAACCCCUCCCUCCACCAACAUGUCUCCCCUCGUCACCUCCUCCCCACAGCUGGGCUCGGAGGCCGCGGCGCCUCCCGGUGGAAUGGGUGGCAGUGAAUAUGCUGUGACAUACCGCAGAGGAACAGGGGUAAUGAGCGGAGGGACCCAGGGCACCUACACCGCUCUCGACCCGGAGGGUUUAGGGGUCAUUGGCAGUGACCCAGUCCAGUCCAGAUCCCCGGGCCUCUCGGCUAAAGCAGGACGAAGAGCGGCCAUGCACAUCACAGGGCCCACCCUGGUUACUGUGCCGCUACACAUCACCUCCAACCUGGCACUGGGGGUGCUGCAAGGGGGCGGGAGCAACCGGGUCAUCCAUCGUGGCAGGGAUAAGGAUGGAGGGGACAGGGUGGAAGGAAAGGAGGGAGAAGGAAAAGUGGAGAGGAAGGAAAGAAAGAGGAUGGAAAUGAAGGUGGAUGGAGGUAGGAAGGUUACAGGGGAGGAGACAGACAGGGUUGUGGACGUGGAGGUGAAAACAGUGGUGGCAGGAGGCGUUGGUGAGGAGGAGGGUGACGGAGUAAAGGUGGAGAAGGAGGAGGAGGAGGAGGAGGAGAGAAGCGUUGGUAGAAGGAAGUCGGAGCUGGUGACGGGAGGUGGAAGUGUGUCCAGAGAGGAACGAGUCAAAAGCCUCAACUCCAACACAGAUGAUGACGAUGCAACGAGAGACGACCAACAAGACGACUACGUGGAGGAGAGUGAGCCCGAAGAUGUGUAUGUGUUUCACGAGUCCGACAUCCUCAACUCGACCGAAGCGGAGGGAGACGACCAGGAGCUGUUCGGCUACGUUCAAGAUAACUUUGAAUUCCUGGACCACAUGGACAGCUGCGUCAUGGACCACAUGGACAGCAGCAACUCACAUCAGGUGAACGAGUUCUCCGUCGAGCCUCCCGGUCACUCAGACGACGAGUAUGAAGUCAUGGCGCAAGCUGAGCCUGCCCAGAAUCCUGCAGGGCAACACAUGCACCUGCAGCCGGCCCCUGAGUUUAAACCACACAGGCCGCUCAGCCUCGACCUGCACAGCCGACAAACUAAAUCCCUCAGCCUGCCUUAUAUGACCUCACCUGUCCACGGGCCGGACGAGUAUUGCUCAGAAGACGAGGAUGAGGGCGACCCCAGUGACGAUGAGGAUGAUUACAGCAGUGACGAGGAUGGUAGCAUGUUCAUUAAAAGCCUCCCCGCUGAUUUCCUUUUAAACAAUCUGACCAGGUUUGACCUGGACACCGAUAACGUAAGUAGACUUCCUGUUGAACAGUCUGAAAACUCUGAGGAUUUUGAGGCGCUGCACUCUAAAGAAACGACAACCGGAGAACAGGAGCGAGAAGAAGUGAUGGAUGAAGAGGAUGGAGGAGGACUGGAGGGAAAACAGAUGAUGAAGAGCGAAGAGGAAGAUCAUCAACAAGAAGAUCGACCAGAAAAACAAAGAUCGGAGGCAGAGGAAGAUCCCGACAUCCCGGAGGAUGUUCACAGUGACAAAGAAAAGUCUUGUGCUUCCGAACCGUCAACAUCCAGCUGUGAGGAGAUGGAGAAAUUCAUCACUAUCAAGGCUGCGGAGGAGGAGGAGGAGGAGGAGGAAGAGGAAGGGGUUGAUAAUCUUCACACUGAUUAUCCACUAUGUUGCACAGAUUCUUGUUCCACACAGGAGACUGCUGAUGAUCUGUUAGAGCAGACUGGAGGACAUCCUGGACCCUGUGAUGAGGAGGAGACAAAAGAAAAACACACUGACGAGGCAGAGGACAGGAGGAGAGACACAGAGACAACAUGUCAAGAAAUGGGUCCGGAGAAAAAACAAGGGGGCGAGAACCUGUUGGAAGACUCCAUUGAAGAAGAUGGAGGGGGAACAGCUGACGAUGAAGAUGAAGAGGAGGAUAGUGUCGUUUGUAGCAGUGAAGUUUGGGAGGAACUUGAGGAUGUUGUAUGUGAAGUGAUCGAGGAAAGUGAGCAGGUUCAGAGGGAGAAAGAGAGAGCUAGAGAGCAGGAGGAGCAGGAGGAGCAGAAUGUGAAGGGAUCAGGAGAAAAAAGAGAAGAAGAGGAGGAAGGAGGGACAAACAAGACAGAAGAUAGAAUAGAGGAGACGGCUGAACAGAAGCUCACAGGGAUGCACCGAGAGUCCGAGGAGAAAGAGACGAGUAAACUCCAAGUGAAGAACGCGGCCGUUGAAGAAGCUCAGCAUCACGACAGAGAGGAUGAGGCCGCCAGAGAGACAGGAAACAGGAAAAACAACGAGGAGACAGCUGAUGAGCAACGAAGAACAACGACCAACGCCAGGUUUGAUCCUAAAAUACUCAUGUGUGAGGAGAGCGACAGAAGCCACGGAGGAGGAGGAGUUGGCAGGAAGCUGGUUAUCUCCAAACACCCAAAGGUUUACCAGGUGAGAGCUGUGCCGGUCGUGCCCCCGAAGCCUCAGCACUGCAAACUCACCGCCAUGACCCUCCGGCAGCA